GGCGGGCGGCGGGAGCGGCCGGGCCAUGGCGGUGUAGCGCGGAGCCGGGCGAGACGCGGCGCCACCAUGAUCAUAGAGAACGUGGACGCUCUUAAGUCUUGGCUGGCCAAACUGCUGGAGCCGAUAUGUGACGCAGACCCCUCGGCCUUAGCCAACUAUGUCGUGGCGUUAGUCAAGAAAGACAAACCAGAGAAAGAGCUGAAAGCUUUCUGUGCUGACCAGCUGGAUGUCUUCCUGCAGAAAGAAACUUCAGGUUUUGUAGAUAAACUUUUUGAAAGUCUCUACUCAAAGAGUUACCUUCCUUCUCUUGAACCCACAAAAGUAGAAGUGAAGCCUGCAGGUCAGGAAAAAGAAGAAGUGAAGGAGGAGUUGUCUCUUAAACAGAAUUUUCAAGAGCCAGUUGAAGAAGAGCGGGAUAGCAGGAAAAAGAAGUAUUCCAGUCCACAGAGAAGCCGUGGAGACACCAGUGAGCAAAGAACCAGAGAGAAAAAGAGAGACGAUGGGAAGUGGAGGGACUACGACAGGUACUACGAGCGGAGCGACUCGUACCGGGAGAAGUCGGGCUGGCGGCGCGGCAGGAGCAAGAGCCGCAGCAAGAGCCGCGGGCUGAGCCGGAGCCGCAGCCGCAGCCGGGGCAGGAGCAAGGACAGGGAGGCCAGAAGUGCUGAGCACCGCGAGAGAUCCAAAUUCAAGAGUGAAAGAAAUGAUGUUGAAGGCUCAUAUAACCCAGUGCCCGCGUCUCCCAGUAAAUCCUCCGAGCAGUAUUCCUCUGCACAGGCUAUUCCCAGUGCUGUCACUGUGAUUGCACCUGCGCACCAUCUGGAAAACACAACAGAGAGCUGGUCAAAUUUCUAUAACAAUCACAGCAAUCCCACUUCAUUUGGCAGAAACCCUCCUCCUAAAAGAAGAUGUCGCGAUUACGAUGAGCGAGGGUUUUGUGUGCUUGGUGAUCUUUGCCAGUUUGAUCAUGGAAAUGAUCCUUUAGUAGUAGAUGAAGUUUCCUUGCCAAGUAUGAUUCCUUUUCCUCCACCACCUCCGGGACUUCCUCCUCCUCCUGGAAUGCUUCUGCCCCCCUUGCCAGGGCCAGCUCGUAACAUAAGGUUGCCAGUUCCACAAGCUCAUCCCCAGGCACCACCUCCUGUCGUGCUUCCUGUACCAAGACCACCUUUAACACAGUCAAGUUUGGUAAAUAACCGUGACCAGCCUGGGACAAGUGCAGUGCCCACUCUUGCACCCGUGGGAGCAAGGCUGCCUCCUCCUCUACCCCAGAACCUGCUCUACACAGUUACGGAACAUACAUAUGAGCCAGAUGGCUAUAACCCUGAAGCUCCUAGUAUUACCAGUGCUGGUAGAUCUCAGUACCGACAGUUCUUUACGAGAGCACAAACGCAGCGUCCAAAUCUAAUUGGCCUAACAUCUGGGGAGAUGGAUACAAAUCCAAGAGCUGCCAAUAUUAUCAUCCAGACUGAACCUCCCAUUCCCAUUACGAAUAAUAGCAGCAAUGUAACUAGAGUUGUCCUUGAGCCAGACAGCAGGAAGAGAUCUCCAGGUAGCAUGGAAUGUCCACCACUGAAGAAACCGUGGCUGGGAAAGCAAGCAAAUAACAACCAGAAUAAGCCAGGAUUUUUGAAGAAGAAUCAGUAUACAAAUACAAAAUUAGAAGUCCGAAAAAUCCCACCAGAAUUGAACAAUAUUACACAGCUCAAUGAACAUUUCAGCAAAUUUGGGACUAUUGUAAAUAUUCAGGUUGCUUUCCAGAAUGAUCCUGAGGCUGCUCUGAUCCAGUACUUGACUAACGACGAGGCCAGGAAGGCCAUUUCCAGCACAGAGGCUGUUCUGAACAACCGGUUUAUCCGGGUGCUGUGGCACAGAGAGAGUGAUCAGCAGCCCCCACUGCUGCAACAGCAGCAGCAGCAGACCCCUCCUCAGACUCUUCAUCACCAGCUUCAUCUUCAGCAGCAAGGCCUGACCACAGCUCCAGCUGUAACAAUGCACAGCAGCCUGACAAAGGUGAUGAAUAAACCACUGGCAUCUGGUGCCUAUGUCCUUAACAAAGUCCCAGUGAAACGUCGCCUUGGAGCAGCAGGGGGAAGCCAGCCUGACUUGAGCCAGGCAGGGGCAGUGGUGGAGGACUCUCAGACAUUUCCUACUUCUACAAGCCACUCAAAAAUGGUUUACAGCUCUUCAAACUUAAAGACAUCUAUGAAGCCUGGUGCAGGGUCUAAACCUCAUGAUGUACAAGAAGCCCUUAAAAAAAAACAGGAGGCAAUGAAACUCCAACAAGACAUGAGGAAAAAGAAGCAGGAGAUGUUAGAAAAACAAAUAGAAUGCCAGAAGAUGUUGAUAUCCAAGCUGGAGAAAAAUAAGUCCAUGAAACCAGAAGAGAGAGCAGAAAUAAUGAAGACUUUAAAAGAACUAGCAGGAAAAAUAUCUCAGUUAAAGGAUGAAUUAAAAACAUCAUCUACAGCUUCGACACCAUCAAAAUUGAAGUCCAAGACAGAGGCACAAAAGGAGCUUCUAGAUGCAGAGCUGGACUUUCAUAAGAGACUUUCUUCUGGAGAGGACACAACUGAGCUACGGAAAAAGCUGAAUCAGUUACAAGUGGAGGCUGCCCGCCUGGGCAUUUUGCCAGUUGGUCGAGGCAAGACGGUGCCAGCCCAAGGAAGAGGACGAGGACGGGGUCGUGGUGGGAGAGGAAGGGGCAUGUUGAAUCACAUGGUGGUGGAUCAUCGUCCCAAAGCACUGACAGUUGGAGGCUUUGUCGAGGAGGAGAAAGAUGAAUUGUUACAGCACUUCUCUAAAUUUGGAGAUAUAGAAGACCUUCAGGAAGAGGAUUCCCCAUUAAGUGUUGUUCUGACUUUUAAAUCUCGCUCAGAGGCUGAGAAUGCUGCUAACCAGGGAUCCCACUUCAAAGACCGGAGGCUACAGAUCUCGUGGUACAAACCGAAGGUUCCCUCUGUGUCCACAGAAAUUGAGGAAGAGGAGCCUAAGGAAGAGGAGACUGAAACCUCAGAUUUAUUUUUGCACGAAGAUGAUGAUGAUGAUGAUGAAGACGAGGAUGAAUCCCGUUCCUGGAGAAGAUGAAACUUGAUGUUGGAAAUGUAUAAUUUUAGGAAUAUAGUUCAAGCUACAUCUUUUAAACAUUUAUUUAAGGAAGUUGAUGAGCCAAAAAAAAAGCUUUACUUUAUUUUCAAACCACAAGAUUUAAAGUGAGCGAGUUUGAUAUCCAAACACGUGGGAUGUAGAGCUGGGACCCUCAGCUGGCCAAAGGCCCAGGAACGUUUUACGUCAUUAUCAGCUCACCAGGGUGGUGAUUUUUUUCUAUUUAAGAAGGAUAAAAAGAAAAAGAGAGGGGAAAAAAAUACUAGUAUUUUCUUGUCCUCUUUGUGUGUCACCUGUAUUACCUUGUUUUGGGUUUUUUAUAAUGUGAUUGAUUUGUUAGUUUAUAAUUGAAAAGAUAUUACAGGUUUUAUUUAGCAAUAUUAUGGGGUUGGGGAAAAGAGUCAAACUUUCAUUAAAUGUUAUGAAAGAAAAAAAUGCCUCAUUUGCUAAUUAAAAAAGGGUAGCAUUUUAUUUCAUAUGGAAUCACUUACUGCAGGAGUGCUUUGUGGCUAGAUUCAGAAAUCAUUUAUUUCGAUAUGUUGGAAAGCCACACAGUUCCUGGGUUCUGCUUUUUGUGAGAGGAGAUGGAAGAAGCAAUUUAACAGGGUGUUAUUGUAGUAUUGUCCAGUUCACUCUCUUUCUUCAAAUUCUGCUUCACAGAAAACAUCAGCAAUGACAAGUAUUGGAGUGAAUUUUCAUUCACUGUUGAUUUUCCUCUGCAGUUUCAGUGUAAGGUUCAAGUUGAAGUCGGGCUGUUUACUGCAUUUCAGUAUUUGUGAGUGUGAAUGUUAAUGAGUUUCAUGCUUCCUUGGAAAGAAAAACAGCUAAACUGGCAACCACCGACCAGCCAGUAGAAAUUCCUCCUCCUCUCCGUAUUACCAGCUGCUUUUUGAUGUUCAAACCAAAUCCGUGAAGCCUUCUGGGCAGAAUGCUCUUUGUUCAGGAGUGUCAGUGUCCUGCUGCAGGCCUGGUGUCACACCAGUACUUCGGGGCAUGUCUGCAGAGGAGUGUUCAGAGCUGGGCUGGGGAGGUGAUGCCUGUAUCCAAGUACAGGUUUGUUCAGGCACAGGAGAGAUGAACACUGUUACGUUCUCAGUUGCCUUAUUGUCGCACCAGUCUAGGAGCACCCCCACAGGGACCCCCCCAGCAGGGGGGUGUUGUGACAGGAACCAGGACAGCCAGCCCAGGCGCUCGUGCCUCGUCACUGGGACGCAGCUCCUGCAGUUCCUAGAGGUGUUUCCUGGGGAGCAUUCCCUGGGGAGCAUUCCCUUGGCUCUCCAUUUGUACCGUACACUCUUCAGUACAUUUCAUGUACAUUUAUAUACAAAAUAAACAGAAUGUCGGUGCAGAAAUGCUCUCCUCUUUUGAAUACUUAGUUUACCACUGCAUUUGCCAGCAAGUUCCCAACUGAAGGAGAUGACACUUCAAAACCUUUACGCUAGGGUGGCUCUGGAGCGGGCCAGUGACAGGUCGCUGAGCAUGCCUUGCGUUCACAGCACCCCUGAUGUCCUGCCCUUUGGCUGUCGUGGUGUAUCACAGGUCAGAGCAGGAUAAUUCCUUCUUUCCUUGCCAGUUGAAGGGAAUACGUCCUUCAGUAUUGUCUCUUCACAUGGAAACCUCACCUCUUUGUAUGAUUGGGUCUUUCCUGCUAAUACUGAGGCUAAAUUACAGACAUGGAGAAACAAGGGGAAACCAGUCUCACGUACUUAGAAGAAUGUCUUGCUUUUCUCCCAUCAUCUCUACUGUUGUUUUUUUUAAUGUCUGUGGCUCAGUCACUGUAUAUUUUGGAAAAUCCGUUGCAGCAAACAUAUUUGAGUCCUGACAGUUUAAAAAGUGAUAGAGGGAACAAAAGGAUUUAUAUAUUUUUUUGUACAGAGUUUUUUCUUAAACUGUAUAAUUUUGUAAAUAUUUUGCUUUUUUGUGUACUAAACUACCAGCGUAUAGAUUUCAAUAAGAAUCGUUGUAUUUUUGUAUUUGGAAAAUGAAAAUUACAGUGAAUGAAUGAAGCUGUAAGAAAAAUUGCAGUAGCCUAUGACACAUGUAGAAUGGGAUUCCUUUUCAUAUGGUUUUAGCUGUAAAGUGACACCUGCUGGCACACGGUCCAGGGACACUUGUCCAUGCCCGGACGCGCCGGCUGUUGGAGCUGGGAAGGGAGGAGGGAGGUGAGGGCAGCAGCUUUAUUGGAUUAUUUUUGGGAGCUUCAUAUGAUUUCUGUUUCCCCCUUCUCAGUACGUCUUGGCAAGCUUACCCAGGUCCCCAGGGACAUCCCAGACCCCAUUUCUGCGCCCCGAGGCAUGGGGGUGAGUUGUGCUCUGAACCCCAUGAUUGUCUUGGGGGAGUGUGAGCGAUGGGCAGCGUCAGGUUAAACUGUUGGGGCUUUUGUCUUGGUUGGUUGUUUUAAUAGGUGACAUGACAGAACAGCUCACUUUGUUUUCAUGGCAACAUUUUCAGGCAAAAUGUCUACCCAGCAAGGGAGCCUGUGUGCACCAGCCCUGGAUGUGCAGCCAUGUGCAGCAGGGUGUUAUCAGCUGAACUUGGGGUGCAAACAUGGAAAGGGUGUCUGAACAGAAGGGAACUGUUAGGAAGAAUUAGAAGAAUUACCUCCCUUUCAUUGUUGAAUUAACCUAAGCAAAAAGAAUAAAACAAACCCAAGAGUUGAAAAGCUAAAUCUGAAAACAGUUGCCUGCUUCUUGUGGAAACACUUGUUUUAACAAAAUCAUGUGAAAAGGAAUAAGGUUCCUCUUGGUGUAUAGUAAACUUGUACUAUAGUUUUUACAAAUUGUGAACUUGUGUAAUAGUAUAAUAGGAGAUAUUGUUGAAUUUCUAAUUGUUUAUACAUUUAAAUUCAUAUAUGUAAUGUUUGUUUUAUUGAUUACAAUCUGAAUUUCUAAGAUGCAUGUUGACUUUUUUGCAAUAAAGAUAUACUACAGAAUGGUUCGAGAUUUAGAAAAGACAAAAUUCUAACAAAUUGGGCAGCAGAACCAUUCAAAAAAAAAAUUACAAUAUCA